UCGUCAGAAAUGUAAACUACCAAUGUAUUACAUUUUACAACAAGAAAAUCAAAACAUGACUACUGCACAUGUAUUUACUUAAUGAAGUAAACAUAAAACAGCUUGUAACUUGAAUAUUGUUGAGUUAUAAUGUACUGGCGACUUCGCUAAACAGACAUGCAACACGGAAGUAAAUAUGGCGAUCUCGCCACAGCGUGUCCCAACACAAAACUAGUAGUAUACGAGGUAUAACCCUGUAGUUUUGGCACAAAAACAUGCUGAUAAUGACAGUAGAUAUAUACUAUAAUAUAUGUUGUAAUAUAUGUCUUCUAGCAAGUCUAAUAUGUAUGAUAACUUCGCCUAACGAGUAAAAUAAGUCCUGGCGAAGUCGCCCCGGGCGAAUUCGCCAGGGCGUGGUCGACACGGGGCGAGAUCGCCAGGCUCCGUUCUAUCGAUCCCUUAUUGUCGUUUGCGAUUAUUAAUUAGAUCUAUUAUUUCCGGUUUGUCUACCUCUUAUUUCCUGUUCCGGUUGAAUUCCAUGUGUCUGUCAACAUUAAAGUUUUGAAAACCGCAUAUUGUUUAUGAUAGCUAGAGCUACGCUGACGUGAAUGCUUUCUGCAUGAUGUGACAGAGUUGUCCCUGUGACAUAUUUCACCAAUCUGAUGUCUGCAGGCAGAAUCAUGCUGUCCAAUGUUGCCAAGGACCGCGUCGUCUCAAAAUUUCCUCAGGCUUUUCAUCCUGAUGCCACUCCGUACCCCAAGAUCAACUUCCACCCAAAAGUGAAAGCAGCCGCUGCUGAAAAUAGGACCGGAAGAGUUGGCUUAAAGAUCUCUAAGGCUGUGUUUGUAGGUGAUGUCGCGGUAGGAAAAACCAGUUUAGUGAACAGAUUUUCUCAUGACGUCUUUGACCGCGACUACAAGGCAACAAUUGGAGUAGAUUUUGAAGUAGAGAAAUUUCUUAUUCUUGAUACUCCGUUUACAUUACAGAUAUGGGAUACAGCUGGGCAGGAAAGAUUUAAGUGUAUUGCGGCAUCGUACUACAGAGGUGCUAAUGGUGUGUUUGUUGUGUUUGAUCUGUCGGAUGUGAGCACCCUGGAGCAUGCCGCCCAGUGGAUGGAAGAGGCGUGUCAGAGUGCUGAUGAUCCAAUCAGGUGUCUUGUUGGAACGAAAAAGGACUUGAUAUCGCCCUCUACUUACAAUGACAUUGAAGCUCGUGCCUUGGCCAUAGCCAAUCAGCUUGGAGCCGAGUUCUGGGCUGUCUCUUCUAAAACAGGUGAAAAUGUUAGAGAUUUUUUCUUUCGAGCUGUGUCGCUGAUAUUUGAUGCAUCUUUGUUGAAGGAAGUUGAAACGACAACCUCAACUAAACAAAUUGGAAACAGCUUAAUACAAGUUCAGCGAACAAACACAGACCUUUAUGAACAACAGAAGAAGAAGAAACUAAAAUGCUGUGAAUAAAAACAACUGACAGCCAAUCAAAUUGGACUUUACAUAAUCAAACAUGAGUCAGAGGUUGUGAUUAGUCAGUGUUGAAAGUACUUUUAGUCAAAGGCCUUAUGUUUUUGUUUGACUGGAAAUUCAUUUGAUUAAUAUAUACUUGUGUGUUUACAUCAAGUAAAAAUAUAUGACAAGCUUAUUUGUUUUUCUCUGUAAACAUGUAUUUAUAAUCUUACAAAAGUUCAUUCAAGAAGUAUCUUUUACAAAACAACUAAGAGUUAAAACCUGAAAUCAAACAUGGAUAAAUCAAACUUUAUUUUGUUCUUUUCAUUCCACAUUAAGGCAAAUACUUAUAUAUAUUAUGAAUAAUAAAUAAGGAGGUUGGUGAUAGUUUUGUUGUCUAAUGUAAUAUCUAAAUCCAUUUUUUUCAUAGUAACUUAAUUUUAUAUAGCCAGAUAUACAUGGUAAUAAUCAUGUAUAUUGGUAUCGGAUGAGUGUAAUUUUUUUUUUUUUUAAAGCAUUAAAGACGUGUAUUUGAAAAUAGUAUGUACAUAACUGUAUGGUGGUCUGUAUUCUAUGUGGUGGACAUAUCUACACUAGUCAAAUUCACUGUGUUCAAAUUUGCUGGGUUCUUGCUGCACAAGAUAUUUCCAUCACAGCUUAUCUAUAAUAUGUUUUAAGUAUAAUAAUAUAAGACUCCAUCAUAUGUGGUCUUGUGGGAUACAAAAAGUACACCUGAGGUGGUGGAAACCUCAGGUGGAAAAGUAACUUCUUUAUUUAACCAUAUUAUCAUUAAAAAAACCCACACUAUCACAUUUGCCGUGUUUGUUUCAUGUGUUAAAUAUAAUUUAACACUAUAAAUUGACAAGUUAGUUUUUAUAAUGAAUGUUUUAAUAACAAAAUAUUUAUCUAAAACUUUACUAAUGACGUAAUACUACCCCCCCAUGUUAAACACAAUGACAUCUGGAUGUAAGUCCUUUCUAGGGAUAAAUCAAAUAAAACGUACAUUUUUAUCAAGGAGUAAAUCAAUGUCCUUUAUUAUUUUAGGAUGUGCUUAAUUAAUUUGUCUGUGUGUAAAUUAUUUUCACCCUGUAUUCACAGAGAAACUAAAUAAUAAGUUGAAAAUGUAUGAUAUUGAGUUGGUUAUGACAUUAAAAUGCCAGGUGCUUAGCUGUGGAUAUAUUGCAUUGUCAGUUUGUCUGUUCUUCUGUAUGAUCGUCCAUAAAUAAGUCCAUCCAUCCAUCAGUCCAUCCAAUUGUGUAACUGGAGGCAUUUAUGUUGCAUGAUGAUGUUUGUAGUUUGAAAUAUUAUCUCUGUCAGCUUGUAUGUUUACAUUACUUGUUACUUUCAGUAUAAAAUUGCUGUUGGAGGUGGUUUUUUGUUUGUAUUAUGAAUGCAUCUAUGUUUUAAAACAAUAUUGUAAUGUAAAUGGGGUUUUUCCACUUAUUAAAAAUGGAUCUGAAGUGAAGUUAUGGUAAGAUGUAAGAUAUUUACUGUGUAUGAAGCCACAAUGAUGGUGCCAGAAUUUCCUGUAAUUAACUGUAUGUAUUUUUAUUUUGCUUACAUAAUGUUGUUAAUACUUGAUUAUAUUUGUGUUAUAGUCGAUUUGCGCCUAAUGGGAACUAAUGAAUUGGCAUGUAACUAUAAUGAAUUAUGCUAAAACCUGUAUAACAAAAAAUAUUAUUAAGAUUUAAAAACAUAUCAACUCUCGUAAUAUGUUAUACUAAAAUUUCAAUGCAAAUAAAAUUAAAAACCAAAACAAAUUACUAUCAAUACAAAUCAAAUAAAUGCAGUCAGUUGUACAUACAGUUUUACGUUUAACAAUACCACUAGAGCACAUUGAUUUAUUAAUCGUCAGCAUUGUGGUGUCGAACAUUUGGUAAUUUUGACGAAUUGACUUACAGAGGAAACCCGCUACAUUUUUCCAUUAGUAGCAAGGGAUCUUUUGAUAUACCAGUUGUGGUGCACUGGCUGGAGCAAGCGCUUUACCACUGGCUACUUCCCGCCCCUGCCAGUUACACAUGCUGUUCUACUAGUUUUUGUAUACUGCAUGUCAAUUACUAGUAACAAUCCAGGUAUACACAACUUUUAUAUCAAAGGCUGUGGUAUGUGUUAUCCUGUCUGUAGGAUGGUUAAAAGAUACCUUGCUACUAGUUAAAAACUCUAGUGGGUUUCCUCUCUAUGACUGUAAAAAUUACCAUAUGUUUGACAUCCAAUAGCCGAUGAUUAAUAAAUCAAUGUGCACUAGAGGUGUCGAUAAAGAAAACAAACUUUAACAAUUUAGUUGCAAUUGCUUGCAUUGGCUGUUCACCAUUUUGCUUUCAUCCUUGUAUUAAAACUGAGAUUUAUUCCAUACAAUUUAAUGGUAAUUAGUAAAAAAAAACCUUUUUAAAUUUACAUUGGAAUAUUAGGUAAAAAAUGUUAUGAGACUUGGUAUUUUCAAAAUGUAAUAAUAUGUUUUCCAUGACAAAUCAUUGAUUCCCUUUUAGUGGAAACAGACUAUAAAAUUAAAAUAUAUUUUAGAGUUGAAUACCACAAGGUUAUCUGAUGUGCUAGUCAGAUAAAUUGAAACCACAUUUUGUAUGGUCUGUGUUAUUUAAAUUUUUAGUUUUACUUAAUAUAUUUUCCCUACCCUCAACCCCCAUCAUCUAACAGGAUUGUGCUGCUUAUGUAUAUUCACACAUUUCUUAGUGGAAAUAGGUUUUCUUUGAAGUGUGGAAAUGAUAAUCAAACAAAUACAUGUUUUGUUAUUUAUCCUAUAAUUUUCCCAAUGGAAGUUUUCUUUUGUAUACUAAUGAGUUUUGAACUUGCCCAUUAUGUAAUUACUUGUAGUUAUUUGGUAAAUAUAGGUAAUGUGGAGCUUUGUAAGUAUCUAGCAUUUAUAUUAUAGGUGAUUAUGAAUGAACACUUUGUAAACAUAAGAAUUGAUGUGUGACUAACUGAGAUAUCAGAUACUCGUGCAGUAAUGUGGAAUUAAGUAACUGUAUAGUGCUGAAUGUUUCAUUAUUACCCACCUGGUGAACGUCUGGCUGUCAUACAAAUUUCGUACAUACCGCCAGGCGCGUAUUGGUCGCUAAAUAACAUUUCGGUAAACAAUUUUAUCUUCCCCCGUCUUAACUCUGUGCGCUCACAUGUCUCAUUACGUUGGAAGUAACUGACAGAUUUUACAUUAUUUGAAGGUGGGUAAUAAACAAAAUACCACACUCAUUUUAGGUAGAUAUCAUUUUUACCAAACUCAUGGACUUCACUUGUUUCGUAUAAAUGAUAUCUAGCGAAAACAUUUGUAGCAUUCUACAUUUCUUUACUAUCCCAAACUAUGUCCAUAUUUAUUUUAUGCAUAUCUUUACGUAUAUACUUUUAUUUAAAAAGCCUUUUAUAGAUGUUGAAUACUAAACAACACAUCUGUGUCCUCUGCUGUGAUUGAUACUGGUGCCUAACUGUCCAACUCAACAUUCCUGGCUUAAGGUCUUCUUUUAUCAUUGUCUCUCUCUCUAUGUGAUAAUCUCCCUUGUACAGAACUGUCUGUUAUUUAGUACAUAAUCCUUUUCUAAUGUGAGAACAUGAUUUGUCAAUGUCACAUGAAAUCCAUUAUUUUUCUGUCCUGUCCUACAAAAUAUUUUGAAAAAAGUCUGCUGCCAACUGUGUUUGUAGAAGCCAUCUCAUUCUCUUGAUUGUUUCAUAUAUAGUUGUCAACAACAGUCUAUUUCAAUACAUGCACUGGGGGUCUGACUCAGGACAGGGGCUAGGGCUCUAGAAACCAGUAACUGGAAAGAACUAAAACUGGUAGUCAUAUUAGGUGAACAUAUGAAAUAUUUAUGGAAAAAACAGACCUCACAGUUAUAAAUAAAUAUUGGGCCAUUGAUCCAGAAUUCAUGUUGACUCGUGAUUUCCUGAUUUAAGUAACAGAAAUCCUAUAAUAACUGGAAACCUUGUUUGUAAAGGACGUAUCUAAUCAGUGAAUUAAGAUGUUUUCAUGUUGAUUGGUCUCUUGUGAUCGGUUGUGUUCUUAUUUUCUGUUAAUCCAUGACAUCCCUCCGUCCAUCAAGGUGUAACUUGUGUAACGUUAUCAAUAUUAAAACUGAAGGUGCAUAAUUAAGACAAGAAGUGUGUAACAGUGAAACCCCUCUAAACCGGACACCCACAGGACCAAGUAAAAUACCCAGUUUUAAAGGUUAUCCAAGUUUUUGUUCUCAAGGACAGUGAAAAACGUCCGGUUUUAAGAGAAUUCUGGUUUACAGAGGGUCCGGUCAGGAGGGGUUUCUCUGUAGUUAAAAUGAAGGUCACAAUUUCUUAUCGUUUGAUAUACAAAGUCUGGAAUUAUCUUAGUUUAUUGUAAAGAUAUUUGCAAAUUUAUUCGUCAUAUAGGUACUGUUCUUAUUUUAUUUCAUAAUAUUUUAUAAUAUAUAUUUAUUAUUU